AUUUCUUCAAUCAGAUCAACAUGCUUUAUGGAACCAUUACAGAUUUCUGUACAGAAGAAAGUUGUCCAGUGAUGUCAGCUGGACCAAAAUAUGAGUAUCAUUGGGCAGAUGGAACAAACAUAAAGAAGCCUAUUAAGUGCUCUGCACCAAAGUAUAUUGAUUAUUUGAUGACCUGGGUUCAGGACCAGUUGGAUGAUGAGACACUAUUUCCAUCAAAAAUUGGUGUUCCAUUCCCGAAGAAUUUCAUGUCUGUGGCAAAAACUAUACUCAAACGUCUGUUUAGGGUCUAUGCUCACAUUUAUCAUCAACAUUUUGAUCCUGUGAUCCAGCUUCAGGAGGAAGCACAUCUCAAUACAUCUUUUAAGCACUUUAUUUUUUUUGUCCAGGAGUUCAACCUUAUUGACAGAAGAGAACUUGCACCACUUCAAGAACUGAUUGAAAAGCUCACCUCAAAGGACAGAUAAAAGAAUGGACAGCGGUGCCAAUUUUUCCUCACAUGAAGCUGUGUGGAGUGUUUUUGGGUUUUUGUUAUAUUUCAUUGUAACUUGGAGUGUUCUUGUCUUAGGUAUGAGGGCUUGCUUGGGUUCCCUUUUCUUUAUUCUGAAUAUAUGGAAACAUAUUCUCUUGAUAGAGGAAGCCAAGAACCAUUCUCUACAUUUGAAAGGGGUAAAUUUUGUCUUAGUGACAUACAGUAUUUUUUUUUAACCUGGUUUUGAUUUUGGUUAUAAUAUUGUGUGCUGAAAGAAAUCCUCACUGAUGAACUGCUGAUGGAUUUGAGUAUGUGUUUCUGUGUUGUAUAAAUUGUGGCCCAUUUUGAAGUCCCCAAAAGACUUAUGUUUUUAAGUGCCUUGGCAGGCUCACUUCUAAGGUGCAAAGCACAGACAUAGAACUAAACAAAGCUCAAAACAAUGGAUUACUACCCACGGCACUUACUGGUACAUGUUGUAAAAUAAUCUAUCAUAAAAGCCAUAGUUUACUUAAAUUGAUGAUCUCCAGCUUUUACUAUGGAAGAAACAUAAUUUGUAAAGGUGUGCAUGUAGAACAUAAAAUGUAAAAUGAAAAAAAUUACUUCUGAAUUAUUUUUUAUAAUGAUGGCAAUAUAUUCUGUUCAACACAUGCUUAAAGUUCUACAAGCAGGUCUUUUUCCAUCUCUUAAUAUCUGUGAUAUUGAAACUUGAGGAUGUUGAAAUGUAAUAUACCUAUUGCAUUUUGGCUUCUUUCUACACGUUAACUGCACUGUAAGUGUAAAACUUCAGGUUAUAUAUAGGAUUGCCAUCUUCAGAGGUGAUGCUGAACUGUGAGGUUUCCUAGCAAUUGCCAAAUGAGCCAUAAGUCUUCAGAAUCCCCUUCUAAUUCAAAGAGGAGGGGAAAGGAGAGUGUGUUUGGUUAGGGGGGUGGUUAGGUUGGGGAGUUAUGGAUAGGAUUAAACAUGGGGAGUCAAUUUCUAGAAAGUCCUGUCUUAAAACCCUGGAAUAGAAUGGUAUGGAGAUUUUAAACAAUUACUUAUAAACAGAGUCUUAGAGGCUUCUUUUUAGGAAUCAACUUCCAUGAGAAGUUAAAAUUAAAUUACUAAUUUUAGAUACAGACAUUAAACAUGGGAAAUUGAUCACUUUUCAGCAUUUCCAUUCAGUGAAUGGAGCUGGAUUUUGCCUAUCAUUUUAAAAUGAUACAGUACCUUUUUUGCUUAUUAU